AUGCAUAUUCUGGUUACUAACGACGACGGCCCGCCGUCAAACCAGUCGUCGCCGUACGUGCACUCCCUCGUCCACUGGCUCCAGUCUGCCGGCCACACAGUCUCGGUCAUUCUCCCUCACCAGCAGCGAUCAUGGAUCGGUAAAGCACACUUGGUCGGCGCAUCUGUGAAACCAACCUACUUCCGGCCGGGUACCCUGCACCAGGAAGACGGAACAGUGCAUCACCUACCGCGGGGUAACAAUGGCGAGCCCGAUGACGGAGGUGACGAAUGGAUCCUGAUUGACUCAACACCAGCAAGCUGUGUCCAGAUCGGUCUCUUCCACUACUUCCAGGAGCGUGGCCCGGUCGAUGUUGUUGUUUCAGGUCCGAACUACGGCCGUAAUAGCACAGCGCUGUUCGCCUUGUCGAGUGGAACUAUUGGUGGCGCCAUGGAGGGUGCUGUCUGUGGAAAGCCUUCAAUUGCUCUGUCUUAUGCCUUCAGCUCUCGUACCCACGACCCUGUGGUCAUCGCAGAAGCUUCAAAGCACUCGGUCAAGGUGAUCGAGCAUCUUUGCGCCAACUGGGCUGACGGCGUGGACCUCUACAGUGUCAAUGUUCCGUUGGAGCUUGGCGUUAGCCAGAACAAGGUUCUAUACACCGAUAUGCUAAUCAAUAAGUGGAAAUCUGGAAGCUGCUUCCAGGUUGCCGACCCCGCCGAGGGUGGUGAGCCAGAAUUGCAGGAGCAAGAAUUGCGUAUUAAGAGCGAGUUGGAAGGACAGAAGCCAGAUGCUAAUGCCGCAAGUGAGAAGUCUCGUCCGUCGGGAUUCCAGCAUAAGCACUUCAAGUGGGCACCGGACCUGCAGGAUGUCUAUAAGAGUGUUGAGGAGAGCGCUCCGGGUAAUGACGGCUGGGCCGUCAAAGAGCAAAUGACCAGUGUUACGCCUUUGAAGGCUAGUUUCAUGCAUGCGCCCGGCAUUACGGGCGAGAUUAAGCUAUCAGAUAACCAGCCUCAGGCGAGCAAGCCCACGGUGUACUCUAUCGUCGACUGUGACGUUCCAUACGUGGGAGAACUCGUGGAAAAAGCAUUGGCCAGUCGUUUGGGAGAUGCUGCUCGUUUCCAGCGCAUCCAAUCUAUCGACGAGCUGCCCGAGUCUUCCGCACCCGUCUUCCAAUACCGUGAAUACGAACGUCUUGACUUUGAACACAUGGUUUCAAGGUCGUCAACCUCCCUCGGAAAUGCCUACGUCAUCCGGAAAGCCCUCAUUCGCAAACACUACCUUUCCAACACCGUGGCCAAUUGGAUCUCAAAGCACCCAGACAGCAUCUUACGGAAGCAUGUUAAGCCUGCAUUUGACUUCGAAUUGGAUUACGCCGAGUUCCUUGACGAAGCCCUACUGGAAGCAUACGAACUUCGCGAGAGCUUAGACAAGAAUGAAGAGCGACCUGAGUCCGAAAAAGAAUGGUGGAUUCUCAAGCCCGGCAUGAGCGACCGCGGUCAGGGAAUCCGUCUUUUCAACAGCGAAGCCCAGCUUCAGGAGAUUUUCGAGGAAUGGGAAGAAGAUUCGGACGAAGAAGAAAGUGGCUCCGAGAAAGAAGAUGCUAAUGAUGCACCACACGAUGCAGGUGUUGUCACCUCCCAGCUCCGCCACUUUAUCGCCCAACCUUACAUCGAUCCCCCACUUCUUCUUCCUUCGGCCUCCAACCGAAAGUUCCACAUACGCACCUACGUCCUAGCAACAGGCUCGCUCAAGGUUUACGUCUUCAAGGAGAUGCUCGCCCUGUUCGCCGCAAAGGAAUACUUCCCACCCCACGAAGAAGAAGACGAAGUCAAAGAUCUCGCCCGCCACCUCACAAACACCUGCUUCCAAGAAGGCGGCAGCUCAAACGAGGGUAGUGUUCGCCGCUUCUGGGAUCUCGACCACCAUGUCCCCGGUCUCAGCGCGGACUGGAAAGAGCAAAUCUUCUCCCAAAUUUGUGCCGUCACGGGCGAGGUAUUUGAAGCCGCAGCCCGGGGUAUGAUGGUGCAUUUCCAGACGCUGCCGAAUGCUUUUGAGCUGUUUGGUGUUGAUUUCUUGGUUGAUAGCACUGGCUGUACCUAUCUGUUGGAGGUGAACGCGUUCCCGGACUUUGCGCAGACGGGUGAAGAUCUUAAGGAGGUUGUUGUUGGGCGGUUGUUUGAGGAGACGAUUGAUGUUGCGGUGAAGCCAUUCUUUGGCCUGGGGGAUAAUGAUGGGAAGGGAGAUAUGAAAUUGGUGGCGGAUCUGGAUCUUGGUAGACGCGCAUAA